UUCGUUUCGUACCGCUCAGUCUGAGCGCAACUACCUUCUACCACUGACACGUUAAUUCGAUAUCAAAGAAAGGAAAUAAAAAAAAACUUUAUCUCUUCAAAUUAGCAUACCAUACCCGUGAAUGCACUUAUCAGAACAUUCAGUGCAGUGGACAGUGGAGGAAUGUCAAACACCCCAACAAGUGAACAUAAAUUCUGAUAGCAGAAAACAAAACAAAGCAAAUUAAAUCUCGAAUUAAACUAAAAAAAUAAAUAAAACAUCAUUCGAUUUUUUAUGUUUCUCUCGAGAAUUUUUUGUUGGCCGAAUUUUCUACUCAAUUUUGGUGACAGUUGUGAGUGAGGGUGAACCCCACCCUACCCCCUACCCCUUCCGGUGUCACAUUUAAAUAUGAUGCAUGAAAGUGUGAACAAAGAGGAGAGAAACCUCGAGUGAUCCAUCAAGAUUAUUCGAUAAUUAGCCCCGAGGCUAGUGACAAUUAAAUCGAACUAAUGAGUGAGUAGAGCUGUGAGGAUAAACAUGUACAUGCGAAGUUGUGGAUUAAGUCCGAGUGUUGUGGAUGGAGGUGUGAGAAGAGGAUACUGACGAGCCACAACUCCCCAACAAUUGUAUUGAGGAAGCCGGAUCAUAAGAAUCCUGACGCCCUCACAGAGACAAAACUCAGAAAAUAAUACCAUUGAAAACGUGGUCAUGGCCAUUGACCGAAAAAAAUUUAAUAAUGAUUGAAUGGCUAUUUCUGGAGGUCGUUUGAUGUACCAAUUUAUGGUUGGCGUUACGACCCCGGGGGUAACGAGGAUGGCCAUGACCUCAGGAACAAAUAAGUGGGCUUCGAGGGUUGUGGUGAUCCUUCAGCUUGCAGCAUGGAGUGCUGUUGGUAUUGUGCUGCUUCAGAAGGGCGUUACGUCAUUGCAAAAAAAAACACUCGAUAAUAACAACAUCACGCAGAAGACUUCCAGUUCCGAGAAUAUCAACCAAUACUCGGACCUCUCCGUGAUCCCAAUGAUCAACCAGAACCUACGAAAUCGUGUUGACGAAAUCCCACUGAAGACCCCCCCACUGGAUCCCGAGGACGAGCCCCGAGUACUAGAGAGUGUGGAAUCUCCGAAGAGCAACGAGUCGUUGAAAAAAAUCCAAAAGCCUACGAAAAUACGACCGAAAUGGGGCGAUCGCGAGGAGAAUCCUCUUCCCAUCUCCACUUCAAAGUACCCCUUCUCCUUCGAAACAGAAAGACUCACCGAUAAGACUGAAGACGUCAACAUCACAGAUAGAAUAUCCCAAAAACCUGAGGACUUGGAAUCAUCGAGCCCUCUACCGACAACGAAAUCAGGGAUUUGGGAGUCUCGCAGACGACUCAGAUUGUCUCAUCUGAGUGGAGGUGGUGCAGCAGCUGCUGUCGCCAUGGUGGCAGUGGGCGCAGUGAUGCUGGUGCUGGGUCCAGCUGUUAUUGUUCUUCGGGCACUGGACGAGAGACGACAGGAGAGAAGAUUUUUAAAAUUGUCGGGACGAAACGAUCUUCCACCAACGUAUGAACAAGCUACUCUGAUGGAUGAAGCUCCUCGUUACUCAAGUCUCAGUUUGAAUACUAUUCUUGGACCUCCACCACCACCCUCACCAACACCAGCACGAGUGCACCUUGUGUGAGUCAAUCGAUGUCGAGGUUCAUCAGUAAUGAAAAAAAAUCGGAGAAUGGGUUUCCUAAAGACCAUCCGAAGAAAUACUGCGGACCUAUCUGGACGUGUUGUUGCCCUAAAAUCAUCGGGAAAACAAUCUCGUGGUUGAAUGAAAAAGUAUUCCAAUGGAGUUACGCACUAAUCCAUCGAAAGCUCCGUCCAAAAAAACAAACCAAAAAGAGAAAGGCAAACUCUAGUUACGGAAGUGUAGCAAAGACUUUCACGUGAUAGUCUAUAAAGCAAUGAGAAGAAAAAUGACACCCGAGUGACUGAGGUGGUGAUCUUCAUUGGCCUGUGAUGACAGUGACUUGAGUCCAGGCCUUUACCACAAGCCGUCAAGAGCAAUUAUCCUUAAUUGACGGGGAAUUGACCCCGUCGAACUCUCGUAUACCCGCAACUUGUGAGUUCCAACGAUUAUUGCAUUUGUAUGGUAUUUAUGAAUGUAUAAAUCGCAUAAUUAAAUUGUUUUGAGAAUUUAAAAGACGUUAGUGAUGAGAAUAAAUUGAUUCAAUGGUGAAGGGGUCGGAAAGAGGAAUGUUAAAACAUCCGAUGUGUUUUUGUAAUAUUGAAUUCCAAGUGAGGACAAGUGAUUUUAGGCUGAAAUGUCAAAUUAAAACAGUUUGAUGACACUCUAUCGUCAAAAAAUGUGAUAAAAGCUCGUUUAAGGAUUUAGAAUUUUUUAUUAUGCUGAAGGCACGUCUCGAUGUUAGAAAACUAUCAAUGUUCGACAACAUCUUUCGCCCCUUCAUUUCCAAACAUUCAUCAUCGCACGUCAAAUGUUCUAUCACUUCACAAAAACCCAGUCAUGCAGGUAAUCUAGUAGUUUACAUGUUAUCACCUCUUACAAUUAAAUAUCAAUUCGACUGAUGCGUGUGAGUCGUUCAUCAAAGACGUCACGUCAACAACAAUAUUCCAAGAGCAUUAACCGAUAUUUAGAAUUGUACAUACGACUAAUGUAAUACUUUAUAUAUUUAUAAAAAAAUGAUUUGUAGAGAAAAGAAUAAAGCUAAUUCGACUUUUUGAUUACAAAUGACGUAAGUGAGUUCGUCAUUAACGAAUGAAACGAUCAUCGAUAUACCGAUCAUUCAACGAAAAUAGAAAAAGUGUUGAGUAUUUCUGUGUUUCACCGUCGAUCAAUAAAUCUGAUCUAUAUUGCACGAAGUUUUCGAGAAUUUCAAGGUGAGGAAUCACAUGAAAUUUUUUUACGUCUCCUAAAAAUUCAGUAGAAUUUUGUAACGAUUUCAAUAGGUUUUUCUAUUAAUUUUUCCACACGUGAAAUAGGAGUUCAUUCAUAACUCGAUAACAUUUUAAGUCCGUCAAAUUAUUAUCUGGUGCCCCUCCAAUACGACGCAGUUAUCAUUGUACAUUAAAAGUCCCCUCAAAUGGUAAAAACUGAGUCAUCCAGGUAGUUUAGUAAUUUCUGUUCAAUCACGCGUUACAGUUAAAUAUUGGUUCGAGUGACGCGAGUGUAAAUCGGUCACCGAAACCUUCACAUCAACGAGAAUAUUCCAACAGCAUUAAAACAGAUUCCGCAUUGUACGUCCGAUUCAUGUAAUACUUUAUAUAUUUAUUUAAAAAAUGAUUUUUCGAGAAACGAAUAAAGAUACUUCCAAGUGUUCAUUAAAAAUCAUGUGAUUGAUUGGUUAUUAAUCGAUAACACAAUCACCUAUUGAUAAUUUACUGACGCAUACCUGGUCAGCCCUGAGAGCUGAACCAGGCGUUCUCAAUAAAAUCAUCAUCUCAAUUAAUUCGCUGAUGAUUCCGAGCGUUGUGACUCGAGUGAAGGGUAUUCUGAACGCAUUGAAGCUGUGGUAGGGACCAAGGCCUCGACAGUUUACUAGUGAAACCGUGAGAUGGCUAACAACAACUAAUGGAGCUGAAAUGGACAGAACAGAGGCGGCACCGCUGACCAGUGAAAGAAGAUAUGGAAUUUUUAGAACAGGACUGGCAGCUGCCCUAGUCCUAAUUAUCGUUGUCGCUGCUGCUGGUAUUGCACUGCUAUUUGGAAUAAGAAAUGCGACAAUUUUGCUGGCAAUUCUUUUACCACUUAUGGUACUGAGCGCGGUAAUUGCGCACCUGUGGCUCUGGUUGCUGCACAAACGCGCCGCUAAAAGACGAGAGAGAGCUGCGAAUGAGUGGGUGUCUGCUACACUAGCACGACAGAGCCAAGGACAUUCGUCCUCGAACGCGGAGAGCGGAAAUCCUGAUACUUGGUUCAAAGGAUUCUCCCAACGAUCUUCGGGAUACACACCACCCCCCGGAUACCACAUGGUCGAGUCGAGUAAUUAAAUUCGUGGGAUAUUGUCUAAGGAGCUUUCCAGCGAGAGGAGCUAAUUGUUAAUUUAGUUGGGAAAUUUAAUAAAUAUUUAUAUUGGACUGUUUUUAGAUCCUUCCCUGUGUUUUCCUUUGAUUCAUUUUCACAUGCUCGAGAGAAAAUCAAAUGCGCAAUUCAACGAAGUUUAUAGAUAAUUCGAUAGAAAAUUCGUGUAGCCUUUGGCCAAAUCUGCAGAAUAAGUCCACCAUGUUUGGUAGACAUUUAUAUAUUGUUGCAUACCAUUUUUUCUAGCCCGCCAUUUUCUAUCGAAAUUUCUCGUUUUCCUAAUUUAUUCUGGUAUUUAUUUUUUCUCCUCCUUGGAUAACCAAAGAAAAGUUCUGGCAAAGUUUAAUAGCGGCUCGAAAGCCAAAGUUCAAUGAAUGUUUUUGUUCCAAGAGUAUGAAAAAACCAUUUUAUGCGCUAAGAAAAUCGUUUGAAACGAAAGAGUCAUUCAAUUGCUCACCUCAGGACCUGCCCGGAGAUCAUUUCUACAUCAAAUAAAGCGGUGACGAACGAUGUUGCUCUGAUGAUGCUUCAAGUGAGUUCUCUGUUAUUGUUUGUCGGCGUUCGUAGCCACCGCCGACAUUCCCCGUUCACCAGGCCGACAAUGAUACGAAUUUUCAUGCAGUUACGAGACGCCGUGGCGUCGUUGACUUCCACUGAGAGGCAAUGGCGUCACGGCAGUAUGGCGUCCGUUCGGAGGAGCAGCGCAUGCGCAACCACACGAGCUGAGUGCUCUGCAACUGCGCAUACAUCGAGAGCGUAGACGAUAUUAGACGAGUUUAACCUAGACCGGUGCUGAUCAACUGUACAGAAAACAAUUUCUAAUUAGUAAAAAGCCGAAACAAAACCAAAAAAGUUCAGUGGAUAAUGAUCUGAUAAAUUUACGUGCAACAUUGAGGAAAAUUGUUAUCACUCUUCAAUAUGAUUCAGGGGU